ACUGUGAUGGUGAGCUUCACUUCACGAGUUUCAUUUGCUUUGUUGCUGCUUCUGCUAUUUGCAACGACAUUCAAUGGAAAAAUAUUUAGCACAAGCAGCUUGCUGGUUCGUUGCAAUGAGAAUGAUCAAAGAUUACUUUCAAUCUUCAAAGAAGGAGUGGUAGAUCCUUUAAACCGACUCUCCUCUUGGAAUACUGAAGAAGAUUGUUGUUUAUGGGAGGGAGUUCAAUGUGACAUCACCACUGGCAGAGUCACGGAUCUUUCUCUAUCUGAUCGUGGAUUACAAGGUGAGAUUAAUCUGUGUCUCCUUCAGAUUCAAUUUCUCAAGUACUUGAACUUCAGCUACAAUCACUUCAAAACUGUGAGUACUUCACCAUGCCAAGUCUCCCAAUCCCCAACACAUAGAUUCCACAAUCGAUCACUUGCUACUGUGUCAACUCAACAAGAAAAUUUUUCUGCUACUAUACAUUACCUUGACUUCUCAUAUAAUUAUGAUUUAGUCAUAAAUGAUCUUCAUUGGCUUUCUCAGAUUUCUUCAUUAAAAUAUCUUGAUCUCAGUGCUGUUGAUAUUGGAAGUGAAGCCAAAUGGCUCCAACAUAUGGGAAUGCUUCCUUUGUUAUCUGUGUUACGCUUGAGUGGUUGUCGGCUGAGACAUUUUCCAUCCCUCAACUAUGUUAAUUUUACAUCACUUGUAACUCUUGAUCUUUCUGACAACCAUAUCAACUCAAUGUUGCCUGCUUCGUUCUUUAAUGUCACCAAAGAUAUCUCUGUUCUUGACCUCGGCUGGAACAAUUUCUAUGGUCACAUACCAAUAGCCUUAUUCAAGCUUCCUUACUUAAAAAGGUUAAGCUUGAGGUAUAAUCAACUCAGAGGAUCACUUCCAGAUUGGUUAGAUCGCCAUGAACAUUUGCAAUAUUUUGAUAUCUCUGAAAAUUUGAUCUCUGGUCCAAUUCCUUCAUGUUUUGGAAACCUUUCUUCCUUAGUUUUCUUGGAUCUAUCAAGGAAUCAAUUAAGCGGUAAUCUUCCAAUAAGCUUUGGACAAGUCCAUAACCUAAAAUAUUUAAUCAUCCGAGGCAAUUCCUUCAUGGGUGUCCUCGCAGAAAAGAAUUUCGCCAAUCUCUCAAGAUUAACAUAUUUGGACUUAAGUUCAACUGGUUUCAAAUUUCACUUUGAUCCCAAUUGGGUCCCACCAUUUCAACUUGAGUCUCUGGAUGUGAGUAACACAAGUCUAGGUCCUAAUCUUCCAGCAUGGCUAUAUACACAACGGUCACUACGAGGACUAGACAUCUCUACAUGUGGGAUAGCAAAUAUAGAUGAAAAUGUAUUUUGGAGCAUUGUUUCAAGAAUUCAUAGUGUCGAUCUAUCAAACAACUUGAUCAGUGGAGACAUAUCCAAUGUGACAUUACACUCAUCAUCUAUUUCUUUAGACGACAAUAAUUUCACAGGAAGCCUCCCACACAUAUCAUCUGACGUAUUCUAUGUUUCAGCAUCGAACAAUGCUUUCUCAGGAUCUAUAUUCCCAUUGUUGUGUGAUAGUAAUGCAACAGAAGUGUAUCACUUGGAUGUAUCGCACAAUCAUUUAACUGGAAAACUUCCUGAUUGUUGGACCAAUUGGAAACAAUUAGAUCACCUUAACUUGGGGAGCAAUAAGCUAACAGGUGAAAUUCCUCCCUCAAUGGCUUCAUUGAAUCAUCUGCAGGGAUUGAAUUUGCAGAAUAAUAAUUUUUUCGGCAAAUUUUCAUUGGACUUGUCGAACUGGACGAAUUUGGUUUACCUCUUUCUAGAGCGAAAUAAAUUUUCUGGAAGUUUGCCAAAUUUGCAGCAGAAAAAUUUGGUGGUUAUUCAAUUAAGAGCCAACCAAUUUACGGGUAAUAUUCCAUCUCAAAUAUGCAGCCUCUCAACUGUCAGAGUACUAGAUCUUGCCGAUAAUAUGCUUUCUGGACCCAUACCUUAUUGCUUAUAUAACAUCAUGAAUUCAUAUCCUACUGAUGAUAUUUAUCCGAUAGAGGCAGCGAACUUGGUCUCUAAAGGAAGAGAAUUGAAUUAUAAUGAUGCUUUUAUAGUUAACAGUAUUGAUCUCUCUUCUAACAACUUGUCUGGAGAAAUUCCUAAAGAAUUGUUUAGGAUGACUCAAUUGUGGUCCUUGAACUUAUCUCGAAACCAAUUGACAGGGAAGAUCUCUAAAGAAAUUGGAAGCAUGAAAAAUUUGGAAUCGCUCGAUCUCAGCUUCAAUAAACUUUAUGGAAAAAUUCCUUCGACAAUCUCUAAUUUGUCUUUUCUUGCUUAUUUGAAUUUAUCAUACAACAAUUUCAAUGGAGAAAUUCCUUUGGGAACCCAAAUUCAAAGUUUUGAAUUGUGGAGUUUUGUUGGCAAUCUUGAACUUUGUGGAGAUCCUCUUCCAAAAAUCUGCCACAAGAAGGAAGAAACCGACAACUCAAAGCUAGAUGAGGAAAAUGAAGAUGACAACUAUACAAAGUCAUUGUAUCUUGGGAUGGGAAUCGGAUUUGCAGUGGGCUUCUGGGGAGUUUGUGGUUCUCUCUUCUUCAUCAGAUCAUGGAGACACAAAUUUUUCAGAUUGUUUGGUCAUCUGGUGGAUCAACUUUGUGUUUUUGUGACCCUCAGUUUCAAAAGUUUCCAUUGAACAUCAAGAACAUUCUGUGAUGUUGAGUGCAGCAAGAAGUAGCAAGUUUAUUUGGUACAAUGAGUGUGGAGCCUGGUUUAGUUUUACAUGUCAUAUCUCUAUCUUAAAUUUGUGAAUUGAUGAAGGAAGAGUUUACGUAGUAAUAGUUCUUAGAGUAUAUGAAAGAGUUCUCAUGCCACACAUCAUUGUAUUUUGAACCUUUUAUCUUUUUUCUCUUUGAAUGAAAUGCUCCUCUCUUUCAAUUCAAAUUUAUCUGAACCAUUGAAGAAACAGUGUUUGUAAUGUGGGUUCACAUUUUCUUUGGCUCGAUGUGCAUUAACUGGAUGCGUCAGGUGUGUUCGGAUUUGAAAGCUUAGGAAAUUUAUUGUCUAUAAAUGUUAGAGGAACAUUUUGAAGAUGACCUGACAUUGAGGAGAAUCUAGUAGAAGCUUAUUCUUCUGCAUUUCGAAGAAGACGAUUUUGAUUGAAAUAGACUUAUUCAUAAAUAAGUUGCUCAAAAAUUACAGUCAAAUUCUUUGAGA